UGGCGGAGUGCCCUGGGGCUGGGAUUGAGACCAGCCCCUAUCAUGUACCGUCCUGUUCUGACUCUCACCUGCUCCUUUCUACUUCCCUAACCGGGAUUGAUCGUGAGAGGGGCCCGGGAUUUGCAGCUCCCCAUGUAUUCCCAGAACCCAGUCUGGAUGCUGGCCUUGGCACUGAUAUUCCCAGGUAUCAGUGGUGUUGCUGCCGUUGAUAUUUACACCAGUGGGAAUGUUGAAGCUCGGAAUGGCACAGAGAAACGUCUGAAAUGCACCUUUCAGUCCAGUUCUCCUGUCAGCAAGCGAACUACUGUCACCUGGCACUUUCGACACCCUGACAGCAGCAAUGAGGAGUCUGUCUUUUACUAUCACGAGGAGCCAUUUCCACCUUCUGGAGGUCGCUUUAAGGAUCGUAUAUCCUGGUCUGGCAACAUUUGGAAAAAGGAUGGAUCGAUCACGAUCAGUAAUCUGCAAUUCACAGACAAUGGAACUUUUUUGUGCAGUGUGAAGAAUCCCCCAGAUGUACAUGGUGUCGCUGGAGAAAUCAAACUGAGUGUUGUCCAUAAAGUCACGUACUCUGAGAUGAUGAUCCUGGGGAUUGUGAUUGGCUGUGCCACUGGCCUGGUCGUGCUGAUUGUUAUUGCUGUAGUUGGUGUUCAACUUCUCCGUAAGAACCAGGCGCAGCAGGAGGAGGAAGAGAUGGAGUAUGUGGAGGAGAAGGAACUCAAUUACGAACAUCAGAACGGCAUCCUUUGCUAUGCUGUAUAUUCAGAUCCGGAUCCCAAGAAAGGUUCAUCAGUAAUGAGGAUUCUCCACUAUCAGUCUGAAGUCUUUCCUGCUCACAGUGGCCCCUUCAAGGAUCGAGUCCUGUGGAACGGGGAUGUUACAAAAGGAAAUGCUUCCAUCAUCCUGAAGAAUUUAACACAGAAUGACAACGGGACAUUCAGUUGUAUGGUACAGAACCCGCCAGAUGUAAGCAGUGAGAUGCCGAGCACUGUCCUCACUGUCACUGAGAGAGAGCUCCCAUUUCGCCUCAGUGUGGCUGUCGUUCUGGUUCUGCUGGUGGUGAUUCCGUCUCUGCUGGUGGUCACAGUGCACCUGCUGUGGAUGGGCAAGAGGUUCGGGUUCUAUGGAGUCAACUCCAAAAACACAUCAAUAGAGGUCCUCGAGGGGCGGUUUAUCAAUACCAUGAUCUUUUAUUUCUCAGCAGUCUUUUCGAAAAGCUGCAAUGAACAUCGACAGUAUGACCAGCUGUUACCUGCUCAGACAGCUCAGUCUCUGAGAAACCUCCAGCUCUGCCCUUAUCACACCAACUUUUUCUAUUCCUUUAAGUCACGUGUUGGCCACACCAGGACUGAUGAAGGUGAAAGUGACCAGGGAAACAGGAUCUGUUUCUGCUGUGUAUCAUGUUUCCAGGAAUCUGAUGAGGAAGAUGAAGAUUUCCAUCGCUUUUACCCAGCAUCUGAAUCAGUUACAUAGUUUGACAUAUUUUAUGAUCCCACCUUUAUCAGUAAGACCAUCCCUGGGACUCUACACUGAUUGAAGAGUUUGUCUGAAGAUGGUGUGUGGGAUUAUAUAAUAGUGUCAACUUUCACUGAUACAAAGGGAACAGCUUUGUUACUCGUAUUCCUUACACAUCUUGUCAUUAUUCAUACUCCAAGGGAGUGCUUAAAGUUCUUGUUGAUCAUCUAAUGAUCUCAGCAAUGUUUUACCGAAGAGAAGUUAGUGUUUCAGAAUGAAAGGUCAUCAUCCCAAACUAUUCCCUUCGCUUCUGCCUCCACAAACCCAUUGUGAAUUUCCAACCUUUUCUGUUUUUAUUUCAGAUUCCCAGUGUCUGCAGUAUUUUGCUUCUGUCUUAGAAGCCUGUUAUUGAGGGAAAAGGAAGAGCGUGAAUCCAAUCCUUCAGAAAUCAAUAGUCCAACCCAGCUGGAGGAUUGUGUUCAGUUCUGGGGUGAAAGAUGGUGGAGCUCAGUGAAGGCACAGGGACAUUCUGUAUGUGAGAAACAUGAGAAUGACGAGACAGAGGGUAGGUCCGAUCAAGGACAGUAGUGGGAGACUGUGUAUUGAG